GGCUGUUAAGAAACUGAAUGGGGUUUUGGUGUUGGGAUUUAAUUUUAAACGUGUUGUGUAGUGUGGGGCGGGCGGCUUCUGUUUUUAUUUUACACACACACACAUAUAUAUAUAGAUAUUUUUAAUGAAUAGAAAUCAUUGUUUAAUUUGUCGCAUUUUCUACGGUAAAAUAACAUGGCGAGCUUACAAAAUACUUCUUUUGAUCAACCUCAACAUUAUCGCCAAGGGCUCCCUUCAGAAGAAGAACGAUUGGAAAGGUUCAAGUAUCUGGAUAUUGACAAAGAUGGCAGGGUUGGUUUUGGAGAUCUUUCAGAAGCUGUUCAAAGAAUGGGUUUACCUCAUAUCCCAAACCGUAUAGAGAAAUAUCUGGAGAAAUCGGACAGCAGCUGUAGUUUGGAUUUUGCCAAGUUUGUGCAUUAUGUAGACCAAAAUAGAGAUGGUAGAAUUGGUGCCUUAGAUAUUACAAAUGCUGUCAAGAAACUUGGCAUUUCCCUAACUCGCCAUGAAACACCUCGUCUUGUAAAGUGUAUGGAUAGAAAUUGGAAUCUUGCAAUCAGCUUUGAUGAGUGGAGGAAUUAUUUGUUCUUUCAUCCUUCUUUGGACUUGGAAGACAUUUACCACUAUUGGAGGCAAUCUACAUUACGUGAUAUUGAAGAUGAAACACUUGUGCCUGAUAAUUUCACACGAACCAAGAUGCAAACUGGCAUUUGGUGGCGACAUCUGGUGGCUGGGGGUAUAGCAGGGGCUAUUUCUAGAACAUCCACAGCCCCACUAGAUAGGUUAAAGGUGUUCCUACAGGUGAAAGGGGCUGAAUUUGCAUCAGUGCGAUCUUGUUUUGUGCACAUGUUGCAUGAGGGUGGUGUUCACUCCUUGUGGCGAGGUAACGGAAUCAAUGUACUAAAGAUAACACCAGAAAGUGCACUUAAAUUUAUGGCUUAUGAACAAGCCAAACAAUUUAUCCAAUGUGCUGGAAACAGUAACCGAGACCUGGGAAUAUUAGAAAGAUUCAUGGCUGGAUCAGUGGCCGGAGGAAUCUCCCAGACAAUCAUUUAUCCACUAGAGGUCUUAAAAACUAGAUUGGCUCUCAGAAAUACAGGACAAUAUUAUGGAAUCCCGGAUGCAGCCAAAAAAAUGUAUAACAGUGGUGGAAUUAACGUUUUUUAUCGAGGUUAUGUGCCAAAUCUUUUUGGUAUCUUGCCGUAUGCAGGGAUUGAUUUAGCUGUUUAUGAAACUCUUAAGAAAAUGUACCUGAGACAGCACUUUAAGCAAGAGGACCCAGGAAUUCUAGUCUUCUUAGCAUGUGGAACCAUUAGCAGCUCAUGUGGUCAAAUAGCAAGUUAUCCAUUUUCUUUAGUUAAGACAAAACUACAGGCUCAAGAAAAGAAUGGAAAUGGCAUGAUCUCUAUGUUUCGUAGCAUCAUCCAACAUGAAGGAUUGGUCGGAUUAUACCGGGGAAUAACUCCAAAUUUCAUGAAAGUUGCUCCAGCUGUCAGUAUCAACUAUGUAGUAUACGAACAUGUUCGUAAAAUGUUUGGAGUCUCAAUGACAUAACCUUUGUUGUACUUAGUUGCAAAUUUAGAAUGACUGACUUCAGAAUUAUCUCAGUUUUUUUUGUUUUGUUUUUAUUGUGAGAGUUCAAAAAAGGUUAAAUUCCAAGUGUGAGAUUAACGUAUUUCUGUAUGUCCGUUAUUAGUGAAAAAAAGGUUUCAUUUGUUAAAUAUUUUGUUGUAAAGUAGCCAGUAUUAUAUGCAAUUAUAAGUUGUAUCAUGUGAAGACUAUGGUUUUGUCCAUUGGUCAGUCAGAGUUUAAAGGAUUUUAGAGUUAUUGUAUAUUUAAAAGGCAUUUGAAUGAAAACAUUUUUUUUUCUGAAUUUUAAAAUACUAUAUUCGGAGAUGUGAAAGCUACAUCAUCUCUUUGUUGUGUAUAAAAUUGGUAAAAAUAAGCAAAAAGAAAUUUUUCAAGUUAAACAGACUAUCUUAAACUAUCAAAUGGACUUCACUGUUGCAAAAAACUAUUAGCAUUCCAUGAUUUUUCAUUUGUCUAUAUGUUGUUUGUCAUUAAAACUAUGAUUCAAAUUUUUAUUUACAGAACUGUUUAUCCAAUUCUUAAAUCCAUGAUUUCUAAAAAAAAAGAUAGCCUAACACAGAAAAAUAAAGUUUCAAUGAUGUUAUAUAGAUUAAACUAGUAAUCAAAUAUAAUGACUCUACGAUACUCAAAUCAGUCAUUUUCUCUUGUAGAAUAAUUUACUUAUCUAUUAUUAAUUAAAUUAAAAUCGUUUUAUAAAAAUAAUUUUAAUUUAGUGAUACUUGUUACUAGUCAAAAAAUAAAUUGAUUAGAUUAACACAGACAAAAAAAAUGUCAGCAUUUAUGGCUUCACCAACAUUUUAUUGUGAAGGAGUAAAUUCUGAAUUAAUAUAGGUGCAUAAAACGUUGAUGAAAUAAGUUAGCUAUGUUUGAUGUCAUCAAUAAUAACACAAUACUAUUCCAAAAAGUGAGACAAACGACGUGCUGGGAAUCAUUGUAAAUCCAUUUAUAACAAUAUAAAACCACACAAACAGAAAUUGAAGCCAGUUUAUUGUUUUGUUAUUUUUAUUUCCUUGUGUUUAGUUUUAAUGUGAUAUGUAUAUUUUGAAUAAUUUGCUUUACAUAUUGACUUAUUUAUAUUUUCUUGAAAACCUCAUCCAGCAUUUUUUGAGCUUACAAGUUUGCAUUACUGCAGUACUUUUAACAUUUUUUUUAUCAAACAUGAAGAAGUGGUUUCGUGUGUGUGUAUGGUCAUUACUGUAAAUUGUAACAAAUGCAAAAAAAAUUACCAUUUCGUAUACACAUUUGCUACAAGAAAUUGUUUAAGAGUUAUGACUUACUUGGAUGCUAAUUAAAAACCAAUGGACGUUUGACGACUUUAUCGUGUUCGUUUCUGAUGGUGAAGCAGUCAUAAGGUGUAUAAACAGUUUCAGAAAUCACUUGAUUGAAACCUUCAGUGGGCAGCAUUGAUCUAAAGGCACUGAUGUGCAGAAAUUUUGGAUUUCUUUACUAAGACCUUCAUUAAACAGUCCAUAAAAUGUAAAAGUCGAUACAUUUAUACUUGUUAAGUAUGUCAUCAUUUUAUGAACGACUUUUUAUUUCUGCUACUAUUAAAUAAUGCGUGAAGAAUUGCUUUCGAUUUUCAGAGCAAAGAUAAACUAUAAAAUGUAAUAAAUUCUCGCAAUUAAAAUUUUAUUUAUAUAUAUGAGUGUGGAAUAGCUCUUGUAGUGAUUCUCAUUUGAAAA